AUGGCCCGGAGACCCCGACACAGCAUAUACAGUAGUGACGAGGAUGAUGAAGACAUUGAGAUGUGUGAUCAUGACUAUGAUGGGCUGCUGCCUAAGUCUGGAAAGCGUCACUUGGGGAAAACUAGGUGGACCAGGGAAGAGGAUGAAAAACUAAAGAAGCUGGUGGAACAGAAUGGAACAGAUGACUGGAAAGUUAUUGCCAAUUAUCUCCCGAAUCGAACAGAUGUGCAGUGUCAGCACCGAUGGCAGAAAGUACUAAACCCUGAGCUCAUCAAGGGUCCUUGGACCAAAGAAGAAGAUCAGAGAGUGAUAGAGCUUGUACAGAAAUACGGUCCGAAACGUUGGUCUGUUAUUGCCAAGCACUUAAAGGGGAGAAUUGGAAAACAAUGUAGGGAGAGGUGGCAUAACCACUUGAAUCCAGAAGUUAAGAAAACCUCCUGGACAGAAGAGGAAGACAGAAUUAUUUACCAGGCACACAAGAGACUGGGGAACAGAUGGGCAGAAAUCGCAAAGCUACUGCCUGGACGAACUGAUAAUGCUAUCAAGAACCACUGGAAUUCUACAAUGCGUCGGAAGGUCGAGCAGGAAGGUUAUCUGCAGGAGUCUUCUAAAGCCAGCCCACCAACAGUGGCCACCAGUUUCCAGAAGAACAGCCAUUUGAUGGGUUUUGCUCAUGCUCCACCUUCAGCUCAUCUCCCACCAGCUGGCCAGCCCUCAGUGAAUAAUGACUAUUCCUAUUACCACAUUUCUGAAGCACAAAAUGUCUCCAGUCAUGUCCCAUAUCCUGUAGCGUUACAUGUAAAUAUAGUCAAUGUCCCUCAGCCUGCUGCUGCAGCCAUUCAGAGACACUAUAAUGAUGAAGACCCUGAGAAAGAAAAGCGAAUAAAGGAAUUAGAAUUGCUCCUCAUGUCGACUGAGAAUGAGCUCAAAGGACAGCAGGUGCUACCGACCCAGAACCACACGUGCAGCUAUCCCGGGUGGCACAGCACCACCAUCGCUGACCACACCAGACCUCAUGGGGACAGUGCACCUGUUUCCUGUUUGGAAGAACACCACUCCACUCCAUCUCUGCCUGUGGAUCCUGGCUCCCUACCUGAAGAAAGCGCCUCUCCAGCAAGGUGCAUGAUCGUCCACCAAGGCACCAUUCUGGAUAAUGUUAAGAACCUCUUAGAAUUUGCAGAAACACUUCAAUUUAUAGAUUCUGAUUCUUCAGCAUGGUGUGAUCUCAGCAGUUUUGAAUUCUUUGAAGAAGCAGAUUUUUCGCCUAGCCUACAUCAUGCAGGCAAAGCCCUACAGCUUCAGCAAAGAGAGGGCAGUGUGACUAGACCUGCAGGAGAGCCUAGCACGAGGGUGCACAAACUCAAGUUGAAUGAGGGUUCACUUGACCCACUCAAGCCCUUACCUCCUUCGAGGCACAGCACAAUUCCACUGGUCAUCCUACGAAAAAAGCGGGGCCAGGCAAGCCCCUUGGCCCCUGGAGACUCUAGCUCCUUCGUAUUUGCUGACAUCAGCAGCUCAACUCCCAAGCGUUCCCCUGUCAAAAGCCUACCCUUCUCCCCUUCGCAGUUCUUAAACACUUCUGGUAACCAUGAAAACUUAGACUUGGAAAUGCCUUCUUUAACUUCCACACCUCUCAAUGGUCACAAAUUGACUGUUACAACACCAUUUCAUAGAGACCAGACUGUGAAAACUCAAAAGGAAAAUACUAUUUUUAGAACUCCAGCUAUCAAAAGGUCAAUCCUAGAAAGCACUCCAAGAACUCCUACACCGUUCAAACAUGCCCUGGCAGCUCAAGAAAUUAAAUAUGGUCCUCUGAAGAUGCUACCUCAGACACCAUCUCAUCUAGUAGAAGACCUACAGGAUGUGAUCAAGCAGGAGUCCGAUGAACCUGGAAUUGUUGCCGAGUUUCAAGAAAACGGACCACCUUUGCUGAAAAAGAUCAAACAAGAGGUGGAAUCUCCAACGGAUAAAGCAGGAAACUUCUUCUGCUCCAGCCACUGGGAAGGAGAGAGUCUGAACACCCAGCUGUUCCCCCAGGCAUCGCCCGUGACAGACGUGCCAAAUAUCCUUACAAGUUCCGUUUUAAUGACGCCAGUAUCAGAAGAUGAAGACAAUGUUCUCAAAGCAUUUACAGUACCUAAAAACAGGUCCCUGGCAAGUCCCUUGCAGCCUUGUGGCGGCGCCUGGGAAGCUGCAUCCUGUGGAAAGACAGAAGAUCAGAUGACGGCUUCUGGUCAGGCUCGAAAAUAUGUGAAUGCCUUCUCAACCCGGACUCUGGUCAUGUGAGACAUUUCUAGACAAGCAUUAUGGUUUUCAGAACACUUCAAGUUGACUUGGGAUAUAUCAUUCCUCUACAUGAGACUUUUCAUGAAUGGGAGAAGAGCCUAUUUUUGUUGUGGUACAACAGUUGAGAGCAGCACCAAGUGCAUUUAGGUGGAUGAAAUCUUAUGGGAUUUCACCCAACUAAAAGGAUUUUUUAAAAAUAAAUAAAUAAAUAACAGUCUUACCUAAAUUAUUAGGUAAUGAAUUGUAGUCAGUUGUUAAUAAUCUUAAUGCAGAUUUUUUUAAACAUAAAAUGAUUUAUCUGUAUUUUAGAGGACCAACGGAUCAGUAUUUUUUCCUGUGAUGAGGUUUUUUGAAAUUUUACACACACAAAAAAAAGGUACUCCAAUAUAUCACUUUUCUCAAUCACUAAACACGAUGCAUUACUGUAAAUGUUGGCUUAAUACCAUGGGAUCAUUAAUCAAGAUCGUAAAUGCUCAUUUAUGGUUAAUAACAUUGGAGGUACAUUUAUUGUACUAAACCAUUUUAUGAGUUUUUUUUGUUA